UACCCACUUAUUGAUUCUGUGAUGUGAUAUAUGUCGUUUUUGUUGUAUUGGUGUUUUAAAGUUUAUAUAUCUUGUUUGUGAUAUAUUUCGUUUUUCUGUUUGCAUGCUCAUUCACUGUAAUGCUACGUUUGAAAGACAUUUGUAUGUUGAACCGUAUCUUCUCUUCAAUGUCUCCGUUUUGUGUGCUUAGUUGACUUGUAUGGUCGGACUUGGAGAUAGAGGUCCUUUGAUAGUGAUCGCUGAACAUCAUUCUUAACAUCACUUUAUCAUUUGGUUCAACGAAGGUCGAGAUUGAGGAGUCGAGAGCUUUUACACGAAACGUCUAGUUAAUCCCUUUUUAGAGCAUCUCAAACCCACCCCUAUAUUUGCUUCUAUAUGCUAUAAUAGAGGAAAAUCUACUCCACCCCAUCUCUAUUUCUUCUUCUAAAAUAGAGAUUGCUAUUUUCUCCUAUAUUUAGAGGAAAAACUAGCAUUUCUCUAUAAUAGAGACAUACUUUUUUAUUUACACAAGAAUCCUUUAACUUUUUGUGAUUAUAAUUAAAAUACAUAUUUAUGUAGAAAUACAUGAUUUUUACAUAUAAAGCCUAAUUAUCUUUUGUUUACAUAAUAUUUUUUACAGUUAUAAGUAAAUAAAAUAAAUAAAUAAUAAUAUUAUUUUAUGUGAAAGUCUAAUUUUUAACAAAUAAUACUUAAUUUUAUAUUUAAUACUAAAAUUAUUAAUUAUAGUUUAAUUUCUAAAAAAUCUACAUAAACUUUACAUAUUGAUAACAUAUUUAUUUAAAUAUUAAUUAAUACAACAUAUUAAAACGCCUUAAUAUUAUGGUAAAUUACUUCCAGAUCUCCAUAAUGAUGGUUAGAUAAUGUAUACUUUGUUUUACUAUUUUUUUGUUUAAUGUUUUUUGUAACAAACUGUUUAAAUUAAAUAAUAUUGCAUUUUUAUGAAAAAAAAUCUAAAUGAUAUAAUGAAUGGGUUAAUUUUCAAUAUUUAUAAGUUAAAAGGUGUUAAUUGUAAAAUUUUAAAAGAAUCUCUUAAGAAUAUUUCUUUUUAAAAGAUAAAAUAGAAGAAUACAUUGGAAAGAAAUCCACAUCUAUUAUAGAGUUACUCUAUUAUAAAGGAAAAAAAUAGAAAAAUACAUUGGAGAUGGUCUUACAGAUAUACAACCUUAGGAGUUUAUUGAAACCAAAGCAAACUCAGCACAAUGGGACUCCUUACAGUUGAUACUACAAAGAGAUUAUUGAAUCAAAUGAAAUGAAUGAAUGAAUUUAGGAAAGUUUGUUACAAGAAGUAUAUAUAUACACGGUUAAGUUAUAGGAAACUUAAACCAUGUUGGUUAUCUAGUAAACCGAUAUAGUAUAUUGAUGGUUUAUGAUGAACUCGGUCUGGAUCAUAAUAUCAGAUCACGAGUCUCUACCAAACAAAGAGUCCUUUCGAUCUCUGCAUGUUUGUAUUGACUUUAAGGGGGUGUUAAUGGGACUCGAAGCGAAUCCAAAACGGGUGAUCCGUGCGUUUCAGACAUCAAUCGCCAAACCUCACUUUUCCAGACCGAACCGAACCGAAUCGACCCUGAGUUUUCCAAAUUUUAAGUAACUGCAUAAACCGGUUAAUUCUCAUCGACUCCUGUAAUUCGUCUUUCACUACCAAACCGGACAUAUUGAUGGUUUAAUGAGCUCGGUCAUGAGUCUUUCUGCCAAACAAAGAGUCCUUUCGAUCUCUGCAAAAUUUGUUUUUGACUUAGGGGAAGUCUACUAGUUGAAGCGAAGAAUCCAAAACGCGGUGAUCCGUGCGUUUUCAGACAUCAAUCGCCAAACGUAUGCAUAACUGGGUUAGAGCUUCCUCUUCCGAUUUCACCGGAACUCCUCCACAGCCUAGGAGUGGACAUACAGCUGUCAAUGUCGGAAAAUCCAUGGUCGUGGUGUUCGGCGGCCUCGUCGACAAGAAGUUCCUCAACGACAUCAUUGUCUAUGACAUUGAGAACAAACUCUGGUUUGAGCCAGAAUGUACCGGCAGCGUUUCUGAAGGAAAAGUUGGUCCUACACCUCGCGCCUUUCAUGUUGCCAUCACUAUUGAUUGUCAUAUGUUCAUCUUUGGUGGACGCUCUGGUGGCAAGAGGUUGGGUGACUUCUGGAUUCUAGAUACAGAUAUAUGGCAGUGGUCUGAGUUAACCAGCUUCGGCGACUUACCUACGCCUCGUGAUUUUUCUGCUGCCGCUGCUAUUGGGAACCAGAAAAUUGUGUUGUGUGGCGGCUGGGAUGGUAAAAAAUGGCUGUCAGAUGUGUAUGUUAUGGACACAAUGUCUCUUGAAUGGAUGGAGCUGUCAGUUUCGGGGUCGUUGCCGCCUCCUAGAUGUGGUCAUACAGCCACCAUGGUUGAGAAGCGUUUACUUGUUUUUGGUGGCCGAGGAGGUGGUGGACCUAUCAUGGGUGAUCUGUGGGCUUUGAAGGGUCUAAUAGAUGAAGAGCGUGAAACACCUGGAUGGACACAACUCAAGCUUCCUGGCCAAGCACCAUCGUCUCGAUGUGGUCACACUGUCACAUCCGGAGGACAUUAUCUUCUGUUAUUUGGGGGACAUGGAACUGGUGGAUGGCUGAGUCGUUAUGAUGUCUAUUAUAAUGACACUAUAAUUUUGGAUAGAGUAACUGCUCAGUGGAAGCGCUUACCGAUAAGCAAUGAUGAGCCUCCUCCACCUCGAGCUUACCAUACCAUGACUAGUAUUGGAGCUCGUCAUCUUUUAAUUGGUGGUUUUGAUGGAAAAUCAACCUUCGGUGAUCUUUGGUGGCUGGUUCCUGAAGAUGAUCCGAUAGCCAAGAGGUCUUCUGUACCUCAACUUAGAAACCCUCCUGAGACUAAAGAGUCAGAGAGAGAUUUGGAUACGCAGGAAAGAGGACAAGAGGGAUUCACUAUCGUCGACUUGCAAAAGAAAAUGGGAAUCUCUGUUGCAUCAGGGUUACUACGCCGUCAUAUCCCCGAGGAGUCAGAAGAUCAAGAGUUCGUUGAGUUAGGAACCAGAUUGAUUGAGGGAGAUGUAAUUGAUAAUCGAACCUCCAUGAUUCAGAUGGCAGCUGAAGCACUUCGUCAACAUUGGAAAGAGUCCACUGCAGAGACUUUGCAAUUAAAAGAGCUUAGUGCCUUGCUUCGAGAUUAUCAGCGACUUGUUACCUGAAAAUACACAGCUCAGGGCAGCUUAACAUCUGCUGAUUUUGGAAAGAAGACCUUUACGUUUUAUCAUAUCAAAACUUCUUCCGAGUUACGGAUGGAUGACAUCCCCAAGUUGCUGGAAGAAUACAAAACCCUUCUAAUCUGAAUACAAAACUCAUCAAGUAGCUGCCAAGAAGAUCACCAAGAUUGCUAUCAGCAUUACCAUUGCAAACCACAAAGCUAAAAAGUCUCAAGAGAAUCACAUCUCUGAUAGACAACUAUGUACAACUUCUUUUUAGCAAGAACAAAAAGAUACAACGUAUAUGUAAGACUUCCAUUAUCUCAACUUAAAUCCAUAUCUAAGCCUCUGCUCUUUUAUUUCUUGUUUGGGCUUUGAAAAUAGAUUGUUUUGCCUUGAAGCCAAUGCGAAAGUAAGGAAAAAAGUAGGCAAACUUCAUCUAUUAGACUUUGAAAUGGAUUACAACAACAACGGUACUCUUGAUAACUUAAA